GUCCACGCCUAUGGAGCCAGGUGCAGCUCGAGAACGCGUCGCGCCGAGCCCCAGGAGUCUGAGACGCCGUGCGGUGAUGUGCUUGCUUAUGACGACGACGACGUCGCGAUGCACCGUGUGUCGGUCACUAUGUGAACACUGAGAGGAGACGAAGCAACAUGCGGGGACCAGCCUGCAUGUCCUCGUGACAACAUGAAUGCGUCACUGACGGAUAACACUUCGUUGGAUGUCGUCGACGAUAAUCAGGCACCACACGAGGCCUACUAUAACAUUACACAGACCAUAAUCAUUGGAAUCAUAGCCGGCACAUUAUCAGUCAUAACCGUAGUCGGAAACAUUAUGGUAAUGAUAUCUUUCAAAAUCGACAAGCAGCUCCAGACAAUUAGCAAUUAUUUUCUCUUCUCUCUGGCCGUUGCCGACUUCGUAAUCGGACUCAUCUCUAUGCCGCUCUUCACCAUCUCAACAUUACUCGGAUAUUGGCCUCUGGGACCCUUCAUCUGCGAUACUUGGCUGGCUCUGGACUAUCUGGCUAGCAACGCCUCAGUGCUGAACUUGUUGAUCAUAAGUUUCGACAGGUAUUUCUCUGUCACUCGACCACUAACCUAUAGAGCAGGGAGAACAACCAAGAGGGCCAUGAUGAUGAUAGCGGGAGCAUGGGGCGUAAGCUUGGUGCUCUGGCCACCCUGGAUAUACAGUUGGCCUUAUCUGGAGGGCAAACGGACCGUGCCUGAUAACGAAUGCUACAUCCAGUUCAUUGAAACCAACCAUUAUAUCACUUUCGGAACAGCCAUAGCAGCCUUUUAUGUACCAGUCACCGUGAUGUGCUUUUUAUACUGGAGGAUUUGGAGGGAAACGAAGAAGAGACAGAAAGAUCUUCCUAACCUGCAGGCGGGGAAGAAGGAUAGCAGCAAGCGGAGUAACUCGAGUGAUGAGGCAAACAAUGUCUGUUCGACGGUCGAUGUCGAGGACUGGAAGCGACCCAGAUCGGAGUCAGGGACGGCUGCUGGAGAUGCCGAUUCUGUUUAUAUGCACACUUCAGUUUGCAUAGAGCAUCACAGAAAACGAGAACAGAGGCCUACAGGCUGGUUCAGUAGUGUAGAAAGAGUAAGGUCCUGGUGCAUAGCAUGGUGGCACUCGGGCAGAGAAGAUAGUGAUACAGAAGAAGAAAGCCCCAGUGAACAAGGCCAGGGCUGUAUUACACCAGUUAGUUUAGAUACCCCUCUCCAGAGUUCAGUAUCGAGGUGUACUUCGCUCAACGUUAUAAGGGACCCUUACAACAAUUUGUCAUCUGCUCAUCAACGUGAUAUGUCAUUGAUAUCAGGCAGUCAAAUCAAUGCAACCCCGACAAGAAUGACAGCUAGAGAUUGUCGGAGUCUUCCACCUGCCAACAGAUUAUCUGCUGCUAGUCAUUCAGCUUCCACAGACACAGUUUACACCAUACUCAUUCGACUGCCGCCAGCAGAUAAAGCAGAAGGCGAGGAAGAGGGACCAUCCAUCAAGAUGAUUCCAGAAGAUCGACCAAUGACUGCUGUAUCCAGGCAUGAUGGUUACUCUUUGAACGCAGCUCAUUCGAACCACGUGACCAGAAGACCAUCAGCCAUGCCAGACAUUCGGAUACCGUUGAACGCCAAGAUAAUACCGAAACAGCUGGUUGGCGGUAAGAAUCUGCUGAUCAACGCUACGAAGGUGGCAGGUAAGAAGAAGAAGAAGACGCAGGAGAAGAAGGCGGACAAGAAGGCUGCCAAGACCCUAUCGGCCAUCCUCUUCUCUUUCAUAAUCACGUGGUUGCCCUACAACAUCCUGGUGCUACUGAAGCCUGUCACAAGGGACGGCUAUCCCCCCCAAUUAUGGGACUUUUUCUACUAUUUGUGCUAUAUCAACUCAACGAUCAACCCGGUGUGCUACGCCCUGUGCAACGCCAGCUUUAGAAGAACGUACCUAAGGAUUCUGCAGUGUAAAUGGCACAAUCGGAAUAGGGCGGCCAUGAAUCGUGGUUAUUAUAAUUAGGUAAAAUGGUGAAGGAUACUCGGUUUGUGUGAUAAUUCCAGACAGGUACAGGAAGACGGGAGCAAUUCGGGAAGAUUUGCUUGCUUGUUGAAGGGGAUGAUUUCUAUUUGGUCUUGUGCGAUUAUUGAUUCAAGCAGUGAUCUAAUUAUACGUAGAUGCGCCUGCGUAGAGCAUUGACUCCAAUAUAAGAG